CCAGGCAGACCCCAGGGGCAGGAUGGUUAUGGACGAAAGCCAGUGGGUCCCUGAGCGCGAACGCACCGUCUCCUCCAAGCUCCUGCAGAAGGCGGGUGCGGCCCCGUUUGUGCCUGUUGGCAUCGGGGGCUUUGCCAUGGUGGCCGCUUAUGGCCUGUACAGACUGAAGGCCAGAGGAAAGCUGAAGAUGUCUGUGCACCUGAUCCACACCCGCAUGGCUGCCCAAGCCUGCGUGGUUGGAGCCAUCAUGCUCGGGGCAACCUACACGAUGUACCAAGACUACCUGCUGAAACCGGCUGCAGACAGAGCCCAGAAAUAGACACGAGGAAGCUGCAGCGGUGGAGAUGGAGCAUCUUCAGGCCCGACCACAGUAACUUCCCUUUGCAGAACCUGGCCCUGCAGCCCAGCACUCCCUGAGGCUGCUGUUGUGCAUGUAACAAAUCCUGCUUUUCUGGUUUAUAAAGUUACAGUUAAAGGGA